AUGAAUCAAACUGCAAACGAAGAAAAGGUCCGGUCUGAUAUACAGACCGAGUCAACAGAGAGAUUGCAGAAGCCUCACAGACGUUCAAGAGCCAAGGAUGCUGCGGAUCGCAAGAGAGCUGUCUACAUUGGUCGGGCAUGCGAGGCUUGCAAGAGACGCAAAACCCGAUGUGACGGCACAGUUCCCUGUGGAUUGUGCCGAAGACGGUCGAUGACUUGCAACUAUACAAAUUCGGGCAGAGAGUCGGAGCGUCUACCUCCACAGAGUCCGAGUUCGCAAUACUCGACCGCGAAACAAGUAGGUAUCGCGGAACUGACAGAACUCGUGUCAUCGCUCCAACAGAAAGUGGCGAGACUCGAGCAAAGGCGGGGAGAUGCGGACCACGACCACGCCGUCGAAGACAUGGCGACUUCCCAUGAUCGAGGCAGUGAAGAAGCAGAGGAAGACAUGCCGAAUUCGGUCCAAGCAACCUCUCCCGUAUUUGCAGGUCCAACCAGUGCCAACUUCAGUUUCGGAAUUGCACGAAUGAUUUUCGAGCAGUCCGGCGCGGACAAAGCUACAACCGCUCAACAAGACCAGAAUCUGAUAGGGUCGAUGACCUCGGACGAGGAUGCAGACGGGUUUGAUGGCGCACAGUUCGAAUGCUCUCCAUUGGCGGCUACUCAGGCGUCCAUGCCUCUGCCACAGAUGACCUUGGAUGAUGCGCUUCGACUGAUCCGCGCCUACAAUGAGUGUCUUGGAGUUCUCCACCCUUUGCUAGAAGUCGAAUGGCUCGAGAGCAUCUCGCAACUGCUAUGGCUGUCCCGCGAAAAUGCAGCAAUCGAUUUGGGCGAUCAGCAUUCUCUCCAAAUCAUAGACGUGGUACAUUUGAAAAUGGUGUUAGCCAUUGGUUUACUAGCUGAAGGUGGCGGCGCAAGCUCCAUGGCCCGAGCUAUCUACGAAACUCUCGAAUCUGCAGUUGCGAGCCAGCUGAUGGCUAGGGCCUUUUCGCUUCCUGGUCAGAUUUUACUUAUUCUAACUGCCUUUUAUCACUCAUUCCAAGAUGAUCAUCGCCUGGCAUCUCGGUACAUCGCAAACGCCGCUCGCUUGAUGCUUGAGUCGGGUCUCCAUCAGAAGCCAGUCCUUCUUCAACGAUAUCCUGUGCCUGCUGAGCGAACUAAGGUCCUUGUGGUCUUGGCGACGUGCACCUUUCUUGACCGACAACUCAAUUUCAACGCUGGGCUUCCAUUCACGCUCAAAGAGAGCGACAUCGAUCUUCCUCAGGAGACACUACCACCGUACCUCAAAGCGAUGACCGCUUAUGCUCGAAUUGGCCCGCCUGCUUGGGCAUCUAUAAUCGAUGGUAGUGGCCGUUUAAAACCACAGAUCAAGGAUGAAGACUUUGACUAUAUGGAUUUUCAGGUCCGUCGUUGGCAGGACAGCCUGCCGAGAGACCUGGUCUUGGGCUCAGAAUCCGUGGCCGACGAAGCCGCUAGCAUGGCUUCAAACUCCAGCCUGGAUCGAGGCACACAAUUUGUGCGGUCCAUGCUCUAUCUUCGCGCGAAUCAGUUUAAAAUUGUCAUCUUUCGCCCUCUACUGUUCUCUCCUCGACAUGCUCGGGCUCACUCCAAGCGCGUCCGACAGCUGACACAGCUGGCAACUGAUAACGUCAACCACAUCAUCGACAUGAACGAAAAUCAAGACCUCUACCAGAAACAUCAGCCCUUGCUUAACAUCUUCCUAUCUUCAGCACUCUCCGCCCUAUUCUUGGUCUAUGUCCACAGCCUGAAAGUCCAAGGAAGAUAUGGACAGGCCGACAAGAAACUUUUCGCCGAUGCCGAGAAUGCUCGACAAGUAAUUGGAAAAGGUCUGGGUCUACUCCAGAUGUAUUUGCACUGCCGCUCUUCGAAGCGUCUAUGGAAAAAGUUCACUAGCACACCAGGUAUUCUCAACCGACUAGGAUUCGCCCAUCUCGCCUCCAAAGCACCACCGACGAAUGUGUCUGCUGAUGAGGCGAGUUUCAACUCAUUCUCAGGUGCACGCCCACCCCAGGGCUACCAGACCUCCGCCGAUCAUGAUAUGGGUUCUCUUUCAUGGAACAAUUUUAACAUUCCGCCUUACUGUGGUAGCGAAGGUUCUGAACACUUGGCCGGAGGGGAUUUUCAACCGACCAAUGCCUUUGGCCAUUUCCCUAAUUCUUCAUUCUUCGAGUUCAAUCCUCUUCUCAUUCCAGGCGAUCCUGCUUUGGCGUUCGACGAUCUUUGGUGGCCUAACAUCGACGUACCUGGCGGUUGAACAAACGUUGGGCCCUGGACCCAAGAUCUAUUGCAUCAAACCCGUUUCGAUCAUACACGGAUCUCUAGCUGAGUAUGGCAUCAUCAUAGCGGCGGUCAGUCAUUCGGAGUAACCAAAAGAACAAGAGGUCUCUGGGCAUCCAGCAGAACGCCUUUCACGGCUCAUCACAUCCUAUGAGGGAGCGAAGCAAGUGUUGCAAGAUGACAGAAGGGGCACAGCUGCGCAAUACCCACCAAGAGAGCAGAUAUGGGGUUAUCUCUCGGAGGAAGCGAACACUUGGACUGGCAGUGAGGAAAUGGGGUACCAGAUUCCACUUCUUUACACCACAUCGACCCCGGAUGCAGAUUCAAGUGUCAAAGUACCUCCCCACACAACUUGAGCGGGACUUGGGGUGAAGGGUCUUAGCUCGACCCAUCAAAUUGUGAUAAUUGACACAAAAAAUGCCAGGGUUCUGUACGGUUGUCUUGCCAGCAGGCACUAGUCAAUCCGUCGUGGUGGGUGGACGCACGGGAUAGACCAGGUGUAGCAAAUGACAGCAAAAAAGAGUCACACGGCCACCUGGAGCACCCGUCAAACUGGGGCACUGCACUCAAGAUACUAGACACAGAUGUGGAUAUCUUUCUGCAUAUCAUCAGUCGGAACGAGGAAACGGAACAAGACAUCAAGUCAUGUCACGUGGAUGGAACUCCAACAUGGUCACUCCUUCACCUUGCGUUGCUCUUAUCCGUCUAGGAGUGUUUCAAGCACUCAAAGAUGUGGAAAUGUGUUCAGUAUUCCGUAGAAAUAACCGACUAGACGCACCUCAAGUUCCA